AUGGCUGCAAUCAAUUUCGAAUUCAAAAAGGGAGUCUAUAUCAUUGGAAGACAAGAAAUUAGCGUGAUGGACAAGGACUGCGGAGAACUCGGAAACUAUCAUAUGUACAUACACGCGUUCAAAAAGCCGCACCCUAUGGGAGAACUGGAGAUCAGGAAUAAAAGCGAGACCGUGCUCCUGUACCUGACGGAGGACUACGAAACGAACCACAUUCUCUUUCUGGCCUUCUACGUCAGCAACAACAACCCUGAAAGGCCGCUGACAGUCCAAAUCUGGAGGAGCGACCACAGCGCGAGAAUGUACAGCUACUCGGAAAUGCUGGAAAAAAGCUACAGCGAGAUCUCGAAGCUGCGCGAGCUGAGCAGAGACCUGGCGAAGGAGCUGAAGGACGAGCUUUACAAAAUUGGAGGCAGAAUAACGUUCAUGGUGGACAAGGGGGAGGACUACAAGGACGUGAAGGUGAAGAAGGAGCCGGCAGAGGACAAGAGCUUUGUGAAGAUCACGCACUCGCCGCAGUGCGAGUUCAAGUCGUCGACGCUGAGGUGCUCGAGCCAGUGCGACCUGCUGAACUACAUGACGAGCGACUACAACUCGAAGACGCUUAAGGGGAUAGUGGUGUACUUCCACCUCAGCGACGUCAAGCUCAGGGUGCCUCUGCUGGUGUCGAUCCAGGCGACGAAGAGGGAGAACACGCCGUAUAUGGAGCACUGGGCGUACGACGGCAUGGACGGGCUGAAGAAGAUGUACUCGAUCAUGGGAAGCCGUGAGGAUCCAAUAGUGGACGUGAGAGCAGUCUACUACUCACACGAGAACCAGUGUAGCAGACAGGUGAGCUUCAAAGGGGACUCGAGAAUCUACAUCGUCGAGACGAGGAAAAACAAAGGAAGCCUGGCCGGGGUAGUGCUCAUGGUCUUGGUGAGCUUCAUAACAAUAGGAGGCAUAGUGGCAGUCUCAGCGUACAAAUACUACAAGAGAUACGGAGGGUACCACGGUAGUCGGUGA